AUGCUCAAAGACCCUGCGCAAGAAGGCGAUAUGCAGGAUUUCCACCGAGUCCCAAUACUAAUCGACAAUGCCAUCCACAAGGCUGGCGCUGACCGUCUGACGGAGAGAGUAGCUGCCGACGCAGCCAUCAGCGACCUCUACUCGGACCUAGAGAGAUGGGAAGAAGAUCAUCUGUGGCCGGCGAUCCGCGCCAAGUUCCCUGCGGCGGAAGGUUUAAUAGUUCUAUCGAAGCUGCCUCAGGCCGAGGUUCACGUAAAGCCGCCGCUCAGAAUAUCACUGCACUCACGACUUACCAAAGUAAUCGUUACCAAAGCCCAUCGUCUAACAGGUCCCCAAGAGCCUGAAAAACGGCAUCUCGAAUUCGCAACACCGCCCAACUCCGACCUCUCUCUUCGCCUUGGCGAUCAUUUGAAUAUAUUGCCACGAAAUUCACCGCGUGAUGUAGAACAAUUUAGUCCGGGACGCGAGCAUCUCGGAGUUGGGUCUAAUUACCUCGCCACUCUGACUCCGGGAUCCGUUCUCUACGUAUCAGCGCGCCCAGCCAAGCCCGUUUUUCACCUACCUGACAACCAAGAAACGACGCCAAUCAUCAUGAUAUGUGCCGGGUCAGGGCUCGCACCCUUCAUGUCUUUCAUACAGGAAAGAGUCGCUUUAAUGGGCACAGGAAAGAAACUUGCACCUGGUCUUCUGAUAUUCGGAUGUCGGCACCCAGGCCACGAUGACUUAUACUCCGAGGAGUUAGCGGAGUGGGAAGCUCAAGGCGCAAUCCAGGUGAAACGGGCUUAUAGCCGAGCAAUUGAUGACCCGCGUGCGGCAGGCUGUCGCUACGUGCAAGACCGAUUACUCAGAGAAUCGGAAUCCAUUAUUUCCCUGUGGAACCAAGGGGCAAGGAUCUAUGUCUGUGGGGCUAGGCCCAUGGCUGAGAGUGUUAGAGCAGCGUACGAGGAUAUUCUUGGGACUCGUCUGAAGAAUUCCGAGGAUGCGGAAGAGGAGCGUUUUUCGAAGAGAAAGUUUCUCGUCGCAGAUCAAUACUCUCCGGAGAGAUCCCAGAGCUAUGAGAGCCGUGAAGGUGACGUACCUGCUGGCCGGACUGGCCUAGCGCCGGUAAUGCACAACCAAUUUCCUACUCCGCCGACAUUUCAUGGUGAUAGCACACAAGAACCGGCCGACCAACAGCCACUUUACAUGGAUUACCUCAUCGAGAACCAGGAAGCUACAGGGAAAGCUCAUGAUCUAGACAUACCAUUCAAGGGAGACGAGAACCAUAUCGCCAGUGCAAGUGUAGCAUACUUCUCAGAAAGUCGCAUACAGGCGAUCUCAAGGAAGUUAGGUAAUAAUGGACUUGAAAUAGUGUUGGAACGAGUUUCAAGAUUCAUUGACGACCGCUAUGAGCGCUUCCAAAGUGCACCAAUCGUUGCUACCAUGUGGGCCAAGCCCGAAGAGCUUCCUGUAGUUUCGACAGAGACUGCAGGGGUAUAUAUCAGCGCAUACUUCAGCCAGGUCCAUCCAGUCUAUCCUUUCCUUGACAGAUUCGCAUUCGAACAAAGGAUCUCAAGACCGGAGUUGGCAGCGGACCUGGCGGCAGAUAAGCAUUGGACCGCAUUAUACUAUACGAUCCUGGCUCUAGGGUGCCAAUAUCACGGAGGUGGUGGCUUUGAACCACGAAAAGGCGAGGCAUGGAAAUUCUACCAAAUGGCCCUCAGCCUCUUUCCAGACAUAAUAAUCACGAAAAAGAGCCUUGCGAGUGUACAAGCACUCACCGCGAUGGCUAUAUUCGCACUUAAUCUCUCUUACAUGCACAUAGAUACUCUGCUCAUCACGGAGGCAGCUAGAAUAGCGCAGGGAAUGGAAAUGAAUGAGGCUUCGAAGAAACUCGAUCGAGAUGCUAGGUACCGGACGUUUUGGGUCAUCUACAUAUUGGAAAAAACAUUGGCAUUUACCCACGCACGAACCUCGGUGAUUAUGGACUGCAAUAUAGGAUGCCCUAUUCCUACCGUCCCAGAGGCAAUAUUCGGUGACUACAACUGGCUUCUUACCUCUGCAAGUUUUGCUCGCAUCGCCUCAAGGGCGUCUGAAAGUCUCUUCUCUCUCACUGCGACUCGGAACAGUGAGGAGGUAUGCUACCAGAAGUUGGAUUUCAUGAAUAACCUUCUAGAACGCUGGCGACAGUCGAUUCCGUUGACUUUUCGGCCUGGAGAGAAAUUUCGAGCCCAAUCAUUUCACAGCCCGUCUGAGACACAUAUUGCGUUACGAACGCAUUAUUACUACUAUGACGCAUUGAUAGCGCUAUGUCGAUUGACUCUAGACCUCGGGAAGAAUCAAAAUAACCCGCGCGAAAUGAAAAGCAAGAAGAUUCUAAUGCAAGCGACUCGAUCAAUUAUCGAACUAUCUCCACACAUUGAUAUGGAAUCGUAUACACCUGUUUACAUACUUGCCUUCUUACCCCUAACCGCAAUGUUCAUCCUAUUUGACUUUGUUGUUCACAACCCAACACAUUCAGAGACAUCUAGCAACCUAGCGUUGCUAGAGGUCGCGGGUGGCCAUUUCAGCCGACUCGAAUACGUUACCGGGGGGUCGCUACCUAGCUCGAUCUUGGCCGAAUUUGCAUACCUGGCUCGCACAUUCGUUCGCAGCCAAGAAAAUCAGAAACCGAACGAUCAGCCUGCUCCUAUUACAGUAACAGGCCAGUCUGUGACUAGCCAGGAGCCUAACUUCGAUUCGAGGUCAUAUGAAUCGGAAACUCCGUCUGCCAACAAGGUGCCAAUAUCUAUGGACCUGCAGGAAUCAACACCCCUGUAUCUUUCGUCUUUUGACGAUAUAACACCCGAAGUUGGAUUUCCUCCAGGCUUCAAUGUCAUGGAUCUAUUUGGGACGACGGUGCCAUUCGAUCAGUAUUUUCUCUUCGACAAUGUCUAA